AUGGUGGCAUCGACUAAAUCCAUGAGAUGCUAUGCGAAUACAGCAAGUAGUGGUGGGGGUGAUAUGGUGGUGAGAUCCCGGUUUUCACAUUUUGUUCAGUCUCAUUUUUCGGGUGUGUCAGAGCAGUUGGCUGAUGUACUUAUUCGGGUGUUCAUAUCUGAAGUGAUUAUCAAGCAUCUGAUUGUUGUAGAGCUACUCUGUAGCAUCAGUAGCGAAGGAUGCGUGGUGCUGGUCAAAUGA